AUGGAGCACCAGCGUGGACACCGAGCACCAGGAGAUCUUGAGGUCGGUACGGCAGACCUCUUCCUGCCGCAUGAGGUUGCCCACACUGCGCCCCGGUCCGCGCCGCCCGACUGGCUUCUUGUGUGGGAGGAAAGGCGCCCCCGAUUCCUGGCUGAGAUGAUUGCCGAAGCUUUUGGCGUCUUCCUCUACUGCUGGGCCGGUAUGGGUGCGACAGCCGCAUUUAUCAUUGCAGCAGCCAAUAAGGAGGAUGGCUUUGGUAGCCUCCAGACCGUUGCAUGGAGCUACUCCUUUGCUGUGGCUGUCGCUCUCAUCUUCAUCGCCCCAACCUCUGGUGGCCAUCUCUCACCCGGUGUAACCAUCUCAUUUGCAAUCUUCAAAGGUUUCCCGUGGCGCAAAGUCCCGCACUACAUCAUCGCUCAAAUCAUCGGUGCCUUUCUGGGCUCGCUUAUGGUCUACGCCCAGUUUGCUCCCCAGUUCCAUGCCAUUACGGACAAGAUGCUUGCCGCUGGCGAAGACAUUUUCUCUCCGGCGUCACCCGUCGGCGCGAUCGCCCUCUUUGUCCCCGAGAACGCAAACCUCGGCUUCGUCUUACUCAACGACUUUUUCUGCACAUUCAUUCUCGGCGUCGCCAUCUACUGCGUCAUUGACCCUACCAACGUCUUUAUCACGCCCUCUGGCGGGCCCCUGAUCAUCGCCCUCACCUUCUUCUGCGUUAUUGCGUGCUUUGCCCCCAACGGCAUUGCUCUCAACACCGCACGUGACCUUGGCGCCCGCCUCGCCAUGGCAUGUGUCUAUGGCCGCGGCGCCUUCCCACCCAAAUACACUGCCCUCGCAUGUCUCUCCAACAUUCUCGCGACGCAGGUCGGCGCCAUGUUCCAGAUCAUGUGGCUCUCAGACAGCAUCCGCCCGCACUCGUCUGGCGCGAUCGAGACCCACAAGCACGUCCUCCAGGUCGAGGAGGGGCACAUCACCCGCAAGCUCACUGCGCGCGCCAACGCCGGAUAUUGCGAAGAGAGCGGCCCAAUCUCCCGUAUUCUUUCUACUGGUGCUCUGUCUGGCAAGACCAAGAUGGGGAGCGCCCCCCAGCAUAUUGAGAAGGUUGGAUAA